UCUCGUAGCCUAGAUUCUGUCGUUGCCGCUCUCUAGUACCCGAACCGACCCUCUUUCCUCGACCCCGAGCUCCGCGGCUUCGUCGGCGAGCCCGUUUGAAUAUAACGCGAAUGACGCAUUCGAUCAUGAUUCGCGAGACCGCGCUCGCAUCUUAGUGGGCCUAAAUCGUACUCCUCCGAGCGUGCCUUACCAUAAGGCCUGCAGCUGCAGCAGCGCUGUGGCCCGAUAGACAUCCUCCAGCGAGGACCAUUCCCCCCAUUGUCGCACGAAUCUCUUUCCUCCGCUGUCUCUCCCUCUCCCUCUCCCUCUCCCUCUCCCUUCUGUUACAAGAUCCGUGUCGCUCGCCCAGCCCCGAGCGCACUGCGCUGGCAGGGAAAUCGGAAGGGCACCAGCACGCCGAGAAUUCCGCGAGUGCGGGGAGAAGCAGCAGCUCGCAGAGCAGGGGGAGGGGCUGCAGCGCGCGGAGAAGGGCAGGGGAAAGGCGCGGGGAAGGGCGGGGUUGGCGGGAUGUCGGGCAGCGGGGGAUCACUGAGCGGCUUAGGGGGGGGCGUGAGCAGCGGGUUCGUGGCGGGGGGGAGACGGUGGGAAGAUCUGAGAAAAGACGCGCGCAAGCUGGAGAGCGAGGUGGACCACCGCCUGGCAGCGUAUUCCAAGCUGGGGGCGGCCUUCUCCCUCGCCUCCUCCUCCACCGCCGCUGGCUCGCUGCCCGACCCGUCAGAGGCCCAGGUACUGC